AACGACAUCUCUCUUACCAGAUCUGCAUUGCCGUGGUUCUUGGAAACGUGUCGAUUCACUCACCCCAACCAAUUGCCAAUGGAGGUCUUCCAUACAUCGUUGAGGCGGUGCCAGCACUGUAGUAGCGUUGAACGAGAAAGUCCGAGGGCGGGCCCAUAA